AAUUAAACUUUGAAGUAGAUCUGAAAUCUACCACUCCCCUCCGUCCCCCUCAAAAAUAGAUUCCUAUCAUUCGAGAAAGACACGGAGAGGGAGGAGAGAGACUUUCCAACUCCCUACUUAACACUUCAAACCCUACUCAAAAACCAAUUUUCUCACCCCAUUCUUUCUUCUGGAGAAGGAAAUCCCUCCCCGGAAAACCCAAUGGGUUCCUAUGAACUUACAAACGUACUCUUCUCGAAGAUCAAAACUUUAGACCCAGAAAAUGCUAUCAAAAUCAUGGGUUAUCUUCUCAUUCAGGAUUUCGCCGAGAAGGAUUUGAUUCGUUUGGCGUAUGGUCCGGAGACCAUUUUGCACUCGCUGAUUCUGAGGGCUAAAAUCCAGUUGGGACUUUUGGCAAACAGUUCGUCUGUAUCGUCCACUCCUUCGUCUCCCUCACCGUUAAACCCCAUAGCCAGACCAACCAACGGCAACCCAUUUUCUCAGUCCUCUCCUAGAAUACCAAACGGCUUUGACUUUGGAAAAAACCCUUCUUCGCCCUCUUCGAAUUCCUGGCCGCUUUCUGGCUUUCCAAGCAACUCUGUUAGCCCAAAGGCAAGCCCUUUACUCUCUUAUGAUAAUAUCCGGGCCGGGUCCUUUUCCCUUCCAGUACAUUCACACCAGUUCAGUAAGGAUGGUGGUGGUGGUGGUGGUGAUGUUUGGCCGGGAAGUGACCUCAUUGAGGAGCACCAACUCAACGAGUACCUCUCCUUUCUCGACGAGUCCUCUUCCUCGUCGAGGCCGGAGGAUUUCAUUGAUCCCAGGCUCGAAUUGGGGCAUGGGCUUCCUGAUUGGGCUCAUUCGGUUAACAGUGGCGACACCCAUUUCCACAGAAGGAGCUAUUCGGCCAGCGACGCGUGUCUCGGGUCUCUCGGGUCCGAGGACCCUGCUUUGGGAGUUGGGUUCAAGCCAUGUCUUUACUUUGCUAGAGGGUUUUGCAAGAAUGGAAGCAAUUGCAAGUUUGUGCAUGGCGGUUUUGCUGAUUCCGAUGGUUCUGGUGCCAUUGUGGGGUCUCCCACUAAUCUCGACGGUUUCGAACAGCACGAGGAGAUGAUGAGGUUGAAAGUCCAGCAACAGAGAGUAGCUGCUGCCUCUCAGUUUAUGGCUGGAGCGUCCCCUUCUUCGUACAAUAAGUGCAUGAAUUUCCUUUUGCAACAGCAGAAUGAUCCUCAGAGAGUUGCGGCAAUGAUGAUGGGGGAAGAACUUUACAAGUUUGGGCGGUGUCGGCCUGAUAGAAAUGAACUUUUAGCAAUGGCUUCUGUGGAAAAGGCAAGCUCGGCUUCAAGACAGAUCUACUUGACAUUCCCAGCUGAGAGCACUUUCAGAGAUGAAGAUGUUUCUGAAUACUUCAGCAAGUUUGGGCCAGUGCAAGAUGUAAGGAUCCCAUACCAGCAGAAGCGAAUGUUUGGGUUCGUAACAUUUGUCUACCCCGAAACUGUCAGGCUUAUAUUGUCCAAAGGAAACCCUCAUUUUAUAUGUGAUUCACGUGUGCUUGUGAAGCCCUACAAGGAGAAGGGAAAAAUCCUGGAUAAGAGGCAACAGCAACAACAGCAUUUAGAGAGGGGAGAAUUUUCACCAUGUUUGAGCCCAGGUGGUCUUGAUUCCAGGGAUCCCUAUGAUCUCCCACUGGGGGGAAGAAUGUUCUACAAUACACAGGAGAUGUUAUUGAGAAGAAAAUUGGAGGAGCAGGUUGAACUGCAGCAAGCCAUUGAGCUACAAGGUAGAAGACUCAUGAGUCUGCAGCUCCCGGACUGGAAGAAUGAUCGCUUACCCCAUCAUCACCGCAGUUUAUCUGUUGGUGCUCACGGUCCUCCUUUGAGCCCUUAUUCUCAUGCUCAGAUCAAUCAAAAUAUCCUUCCAUUUGACAGCAUUGAACAAGAAGUUGCAGAAGACCACAGUGAUACUCCAGCUGCCUCAAUCUCUGUGACUGGUGCAGUUGCUGAGCUGCAGCAGCAGCUUCAGAUGGAAGAUAAUUUAGCUUUCACUCACAACAACGUCAAUGGCAAUGGAAAUGGAAAUGGCAAGGACAAGGAGCAAGGCCCGAACCUGGAUGCCCCUAAUCUUCAUAAAAGUGUAGAGCAGGUCCUGCCUGAUAGCCUCUUUGCUUCUCCUACAACCUCUGCUGGAGACCAUCUCUCUGCCUUGUCAACUGCUGUACCCAAAGUUAAUGAUACUGCCUUUACUACUGAAAACAACACAUCAUCAUCGUCGUCAUCAGUCAAUGCUGCUGGCUUCAUUGCUUCUCAUUAGUAAUGCUGAUUGACACUGCUACUGCUAGGGAAAGUAGAGAAGCAUAUAAAAGGAAGAAAACUCAUCUAGAAGAUGUAUAGCUGCUGAAUUAUACCUACAUGAAAGACUAAGAGUAGAUCCAUAGAGAAGGAAGAUCUCAACGAGGUCUCGCUUGCCACCACCCCCGAUACAUACUGCUAACCGAAAAGAAAAUACAUAUUUCAUAGGUAAGGAGAAAUGAAAUUACGAACGAGAGUAGGACUGAUCGAUCUCUUUUGCUACUUUGUCUACCCUCCCUUGUGUAGUCUAGACUCGAGAGCAGAACAAGAAGGAUUGUAACUUGUAUUUAUACAGAAUAACUUUUCUUUUAUCUUACUAUGUUUUCUGAGGUUAA